CCUCAGAGCUCUCAAAAAUCUUCUGUCUAACUAACAUCUUGACAAGCACAUUUGGAAUGCAGAAUAUCUUUACGGAGGACACAUUUUAACUGAAGUUUAGUAUCAUAAUACAAAGAUGUCCAGCAGAUAUCCAGAUUCAAAUGCUACAUUUUACCAUGAAGCAGAAGAAGAACUGUACUCUGGCUACCUGUUCAAGUCUCCUCCUACUGGCUUAUUAAGAAACAUGAAAUCAUGGAAGCGUCGCUUUUUUGUGCUAACCAAGACAGGUGACAGCACUCACAUGUUAAAUUAUUACCGAAGUGAUGAGAAGGACUCACUUAUAAAAUCCAUAGAUGUUUCCACCAUCACAAAGCUUCUGAAUGCUUGCCCUACGACGCAUCCUGCCCAUGAAUGGAUCUGUAAAACCUUCAAGUGCUCUUCAUGCUGUGUGCUGUUGAUGAACACAGAAAAUCCUAAAGAGAAGAUCCACAGAGAGUAUUUCCUCAUAGGAGAAAACAGUGCUGUGGCAGAUGGAUGGUACACUGCCUUACUCCAGUUGCAGAAGCAACCCAGAUAUUUCAUACAUCCCGCUCCACUGAACAUGAAUGACCCUAAAUCUUCUCACUACAACUCACAUGACAUUGAACAGAAUGGAGGUAACCGUGUACCCCCACUGCCUCCAAAGAGGGGGUCUGCACCUGCAGAUGUUGAAAUGAAAUACAAUGAAUGUCACCAGCCAUCCAGCCCAUCUGCAUUAGAGAUGAAACUGGAUGAUUCAGUAGGGGAAUGCAGUCCUGAAUUGUCAUCAAGUGAAAGUGCUGCUCCUAAUGAAGAAAGUCUUUUGGAUUGCGUGACAAAAGCUUUUGAUGACCUAAGGACACAGCCACUAAGCGAGAAGCACACCCCUGUUGAGAAGGAGAUCUGCUUGAGUCUUAAAGAUCUGAAAGGCGUUAUCUUCACAGACGAAGCAGGAAGACCACGUGUGUCUGAAUGUAGACAGAUUGAGACCACAUGUCUAUUCCAUAAGGGGGAUCAGAUCCUAGCUGUCAAUGACCUGCUAACAUACACAGUGGAAGACAUACAGUUGUUUUUAAGAAAGCUUAACAAACAUGAGGUUAAACUGACCGUCCUACGCCACCCAGACUCCUUUCCACUAUGAUCAUACAUACUGAAGACAGAAAUGACCUAAUCGCAUUUUUGCUACCUCUCUCUAUUUUGUCAUCAGUUGUUUUUGUAAAAAUGUUCAUGUUUACCUGUAUGACUGGUAAAGAUGACACUUAUAUUUGAUAAGUUGUUAGGGAGGUACCUUGUGAUGUCCUGGUAUGGGAAGAUGGGUAUUCAAAUUUUGACAGACAACGGACAUCUUAAAGGGAUAGUUCACCCAGAAAUUUUAAAUCUGUCAUCAUUUACUUAUUCUCUUGUAAUUUUAAACCUGUAUGACUUUCAUUUUUCUGCAGAUCACCAAAGAAGAUAUGUUGAAGAAUGUUGUUAACCGAACAACAGCGGUACCCCUUCACUACUAUUAUAUGGACCGCCGGUGUUCGGUUACCCACAUUCUUUAAAACAUCAAUUUUUUUGUUCUACAGAAGAAAACGUCAAACAUGUUUGAAAUUACAAGCAAAUUAUUACAUAAUUUAUAUAUACACAGAGAUUGUGGCAGUUCAGAUGUCAGUUCUAUGUAUUGACCCACUGCAACAUUUUCUACAGUUCAACCACCAGGUGGCGAUUUGAUCUUGUUCUUAUUCAUCUCGAGCUUCUUGAGCCACAACAAAUUGUUUUUGUCACCAAUUAUUUUUGCAAUUACAUGGGCUUUUGGAGGCUGGGGAGGUAUUUUGGGUUGUUUUGUAUAAACUUACAGGUGCAUCCUACAGAUCUUGAACUACAGAUAAAAUGCUGGAACAUCUUU